AUGCUCGAUGGGUUGAGCCCCCAGGCUGGAAAAAUCUGGAAGAAGGCCUCCCUAACCUUCUCCCUUGAUGGUAAACAAAUGACCAAGACCUUCCUAAUCUGUAACACAGGGUCUCACGCCGCCAUCUUGGGAUUGAAAUGGCUGGACGCACACAACCCAGAGAUUGAUUGGAAUACGCGAACCCUUACCUUCCCUCACGCCGUACCAGAACACGUGGCCAUUGCCGAGGAGGAAGAAGCAGACAAGAACCCGCUUGAAGGAGUACCCUCCAAAUACCAUAGAUACGCCAAGGUAUUUGGAGAGGAGGAAUUCAACAAGCUUCCCCCUCAUAGGCACUACGAUAUUGGGAUCGAGCUCACAGAAGAGGGUCCCCUGAACUCUCCCCUGUACAGCAUGACGGACGCCGAAUCCGCCACUCUCAAGGAUUGUGCACCACCCCCCCACGCCGUUUCCAAUAUUCCAUCUACACGCUCUGGCGCCCCUCACCCAUACUCCCGUCCCUCCAGCCGCUCCUCACGUUGUUCCAUUCCAACCCACUCCCAACCGCCCUCUCGCAGCUCAUCUCCCACUCCGAGAGACCUGCCAAGAAUGGAACCGGAGCCAACCACUGCCGCUCUCCUUGAGGCUAUCACAGCCCUCACUGCCACUGUUGGGUCCUUGCAGGCCCAAAUCACAUCACAAGGCCAACAGCUCAUUGAGCUUAAAGCCAUAUGCAAGGAAACCGCCAACCUCCUCGGGGAUAAAGAUCAAGGAGCCCCGCAAGCCCAGCCUGGCCCAUCGACUGGGCCUGUCACUCCUCCCACCCACUUGGGAGGAGAAGCCCACACUCCAGGCACGGUUAGGCCUGGACUCAAGGCCCCAUUCCGGCCUUCCAGAGGAACCGGGUUUGACUCAGAGGAAGAGGAAGAACCAAGGCGCCCCAAAAAGGAGCCUCAAGGAACGCCUAGAAGGCAUCUAGGGUCCCUAACCCCCUUUGACGCAGGGUCCAGCGUAAAACGGCCUAAAAUGGACCUCCCAGACCCAUACAAGGGAGACUCCAGGGGACGGAAGGCAACCCAGUGGCUAGAUCGUAUGCUGCUACAAAGCUGCCGACUGGGCUCUUCCCAUUAUUGGGACCAUUAUCAAGGGCGAGAGGGAAAUCCCCCCACCACCAUCCCGGCCUUAACGGCCAAAUUCAAAGAAGCCUUUGCCGACCCAGAUGCAAAGAGGGCGGCCGCCAGGAAGAUUGCCGCAUUAACUCAGACCACCACCACGUCUGAGUACGUCACAGAAUUCCGCAACCUCAUGGCGGAACUUGACUGGAACACUGAGGCGUACAUUGCCCAGUUUACGCGCGGUCUUCACUGGAAGGUGAAAGAACUCCUGUCCACCAAGGACAACAUUCCCGACAACAACCUGGAGGCCAUAUUCGCCGCUUCGGUCAAAAUUGACAACACUCGUCGGGAAAACAAGGAAAACCGCCCCAAAAAGGCUCCCACCAAGGCUCCGGUCGCCACGACCACCUCUACCACUAGGGUCCGUUUAUCAGAGGACCCCAACUACGUUACCCCAGAGGAGAGGGACCGCCGCCGCGCGUUGGGUCUUUGUGUCAAAUGCGGCCAAAAAGGGCAUGGUAUCAAGCAGUGCCCAAAUGGUUGGAAGGCCACGAUCAAGGAGGUGGCCAAAAUAGCCAAGGAAUCUGAAUCGGGAAAAGACUGA